CACUAGCAACAUUACAUCAAAAUCAGACAUGGCGCGUGUUAACAAGUCACCGCAGGUGUUACAUUUUUUCCUUUAUUUCUGUAUAACAAUAUGCUGUUUUUCAAGUUAUGUGAGUGCAACUCAUGAAUUAGAUGAAGAUAACUGGAGGGAAAUACUCCAAGGAGAAUGGAUGGUGGAAUUUUACGCCCCCUGGUGCCCGGCGUGCAAUGCGCUAGGACCAGCAUGGACAGAGCUGACCAACCGUGCGGCCCGUAAGAACCUCGCCGUGAAAACAGCAGCAGUAGAUGUUACCAAGUCACCAGGACUUAGCGGACGAUUUGUUGUGACUGCAUUGCCUACCAUAUUCCAUGUCAAAGAUGGCCAAUUUCGUCAAUACAAAGGUCCUCGUGAUGCAGAAGCCAUGUUGUCGUUCGUGGAGCGCGCAAGCUGGCGCUCAACUGAUCCCUUAUCCGCUUGGAAGUCACCAGAUUCUCUGCAGAUGAGUCUUGUUGCUCAUUUCUUUAAACUCAGCCAGGGGCUCAGGAGUGUCCACACAAUGCUAAUGGAGACCUACGGCCUGCCUACUUGGGGUUCAUAUCUCAUCUUUGCUGUGGGUACUAUAUUUAUCGGAGCACUACUUGGUCUGAUGCUGGUAUGUAUAAUAGAUCUGCUGUACCCGCCACGUCGUCCAGACAAAGUGACCGUGUCUAUCGCAGAGGCUGAACAGCGCAAGAAGGAUGCCAACAAGUCUGAUGAUGAACAGGAAUUGAUAAACGACGACAUAGUGGACGAGGCUGAGCACUCUCAGAGCGAUGGUGAGAAGAAUUCACCUAGUGACACGGAGGAAGAGACAACGACGAAGGCGGAGGGUGCCGGCGACGACAAGCCCAGCGAAGUACGCAAGCGGCGCCCACGCAAAGCUGACUAAGCACCCACAAAUAACCUCAAUUAGUAAUCUCUAGUAUAUUUUUUAAUAAAGUGAAUUAUUUACUUAAUACUAUUAAAAUUUCAUAAAUUUAAAGCGCCCUUUGCCGUGUUAACGAUCUCUCAGCUCAAAUCUAUUGCAUUUUUGUAUGUUUCAAUGAAACUAUAUCUACAAAUUGAAAAAAAAUCACUGGAAAAUACAGUAGAAUUUAAUUUCCUACCCAUAAGUUCAUUUGACGUUCAUAAAAGUUUGAGAAUAUGUGACAGAUCUUAUAGCUAAUCUCUUAUGCUGUGAGAUAAUAUAAUGGGAACGUAAUAAAAUUCUUUAAUUUGUUCAUUUUGCAAACUUUGACGUCAUUUGUAUAAGUCUCAUGUUGUAGCGGACGUAUAGUACGGUAGUUUACCAAAAUUAAGUUUAUGUCGAUGUAAUGGAGAUAUAGUUUCAUAAAUAUUUUAUCUUAAAAACUAUUAAACUCUCAUUCCUAAAUAUAAAACUAAUAGUUUAGUAAUUUUUUUACACUUUAUUUUGUUUUAUAUUGCACCAAAAUUUUUAGUUUAUUUAGUUUUUAAGUUCGGGAGUUUUUGUUAAUAUUCAGUUUGAUAAAUUAAAUUUGUAUAUGUUGAAACUUACGUACUUAGAGAUUAUUAUAAUAAUCGUAUUAAUAUGCAUUUUUUAAUAUAAAUUACAUGUUGAAGAUUCAGUUUUAACAAAAAUAAUGAAUUAAAAAAAAAUCGACGUGGGUAGUUUAAAAAUAACUAAAUAUCUGUUUUGGUUGACAUUUUUCUCUUUGAUAAACCAGAGAAUUUCAAUGUUAAAGGCGAGGAAACCUGCAGCAUUUAAUUGUAUGUUGUGUUGUAGCUUUUAUUAUAAUUUCUGUUUAGUAUUAUGUAAACAAAAUUGCUUCGUCAAAGAGCUGAUUUUAAAGCGAUGUAUUAACUUAGUGUUUUGCUAAAUAAAUAAUUUGUAUUUAUGGUUUUGA